UGAAUUGUUUAUGAGUAACCUAACUUUUUUAAUUCAGUCAAUUUUAAGUGUUAUUAAUCAAAACGUUACACAAAUACAUUUCUAAACGGAAACCACUAUCUCUUUAUCUCCUAAUUUUUUAAACUUCCGUUGAUUAUCGAUAUUGUCUCAUGCGUAUUCUUUAAAUUAUCUUAUCAUUAUUGAUAACCCAUCGGAUUAUUAUCAACAAUCAAACAACAUCUUGUCAGCUAGCUUCGUUAUUUUAGUUAGUGUUUAGUGAUUAAAGUAAAAUAAGUUCAAAAAUGGAUUCAAAUCAGAAUAACAUCACUUUCAUCGAGCGAAAUAACCGCGCUGAAGAUGAAUCGACGAAUUUAAAAUCAAAGUUACCAAAAGUGAACCCAUAUUUAGCGUUUUUUUUAAAUCGUCGCAACCAAUUGAUGAUUUUCGUCUGGAUUUUUGCACUAACGGUUCCAAUUUUGUGCUAUUUUUUCCUAUUUCAUCAACAAUUACCGAUUAUAACCUCGAUCGAGACGUGCUCGGUUAACUCAACGUUUCGAGUUAAAUGCGGAAAUUUAAAUCUAACCGAUUCAAAAGCACGAGGAAAUUGUGUGAGUUUAUCGUGUUGUUUUGACGAUUUCACCCGAGAAUGUUUCCAUUCGUUACCUUCUCGGUACUUUUACACGAAAGAUAAAGCCAAUUUGGAACAAAGCCCUUUUUUAACGGCGUUAGAUCGAAAUGUUUACGUUUUUUAUAACGAAGGAAGCGAUCACGUUAACAUACGGUUAAGUAACGAUCAAAAUGAUGCAUUUAAUUCGAACCAAAAAGAAAAAAAUUUGAUGUAUACAAUAGAAAAGGAUUCAAAUAAGUUAGAGAUAAACGUAAAAAGAAUUAAUUCGCAAAAAUUGUUGCUAACUUCAAGUUUGGGGCCGCUAAUUUCGACCCAAAAUUAUAUGGAAAUAACGUUUUAUUUGGGGCAACACCUUUUUGGGUUAGAUCAAUUAUAUUUUAACUCAAACGAAACUUACAACAAGAUUAUUUAUCACAACGGAGACGAUCACACGACUAUUCCUGGUUUUAUCGCGUACCAAGAAGGCAAAUUUCACGGAUUUUUAAUCGAUUAUGAUGGCCCCCUUGAGAUAUCCGUUUUACCAUCGCGACUUAUUAUCUUAAGAGCGAUUGGAAAGAGGAGAAUUAAUUUCACUUUGCACGUGGGGCCAACCCCGGAGGAUAUCGCGAAAUUCUUUUACAAACAAAAUAAUUACCAAGUACCAGAAAAAUGGGUUUUAGGGCCUCAUAUUUGCAGAUCGGGGAGUAAAAACGUUGAAGAUGCCCAACAAUUUUACGAUGAAUUCCAGGAAAAAUCAGCGAUUUAUAAUUUACGAUAUGAAUCUGAUUGUUUCGAUGAAAAUUUAUAUUUUAUGAUGAUAAAUGAGACAUUAUCCGAGACGAAUUUAACCUUAAAUGAGGAAACUAAAUUUAUUAUGACGAUUUUUCCCCAUAUCCCAAAAUUAAGCACCCUCUUCGAUAUUUCCUCCGAAAAUGAUUUGUUUUACGCAAAGAAUGAAACGGAAUCCCAAAAUGGGACUUAUUUCGAUUUGGACGUUUAUUACCCCGAUUAUACCCACGAAAAUAUCGCGGUUUUAAUCAACGAAUUAAAAGGACAAUUCGAUAUCGUCCAUGGAUUUAGUUUUAGUAAUAAUUGGGGUUCUGAUGAUAGCGUAAUUCCGAUUGAAACAUCGAACGAAUUUGUUUAUGCUCACGAGGUUAGUACCAAAAAAAAAUAA